GGAAGAACAGUUCAACAUUCAAGACUAUCCCGAGUUGAAUUGAUCUUUAUUGUUGCAUGGUGAACAAAAAAAAAUCAUCUACAAUGAAACUGACUGGGACUAUUCAUCAUCCUAGAACUGUUGUAACUGUUCCUUUCUUUCUGCUUUUCUUAUUGAGCUCGGUCGGUCGAACAGAUGCUGUUGAUUGCGGAAAUUGCUUUUGCAGUGAAGAUGUCGUCACGGGUUACCAGAACGUAAUUUGCCUUGGAGUUCCCUUCACAGAGAUACAAAACACCUUCACUGGAAACACGGGAUUUGUUAAUAUUAAUCGUUUCGAUAUGGUACCGAAAAUUGGAGACACUCAAAUACCUGCUGGACUGCUGGGCAUCCAUAAAGCACGGAUCAUUCAUCUUGCCAGUUGCGGAAAUAAUCUCAUGGAAAUCGAUCGCAAUGCUUUCCAGUCGUCUGCUACCACCAUGGAAGAGUUUGUUGUCUACGAUUGCAACGUUGCGUCUUUGGUGUGGACAUUUUUGGACAGUUUUACUAGUGUAAACCUGUUGCAGUUGGAAGGUGCUACCGGUAUCCAAUCCCUGGGAAAUUUACCUUCACUUCCCAGUCUCAAAUGGCUGUCCAUCACCGAUUGCAAAGGAUUCAGUUCACUCAAUUUUCCUGGGUCAUCUCUCGGUGGCUUGCAAAACCUCAUCAUGACGGAAAAUGUGGAACUGACUGAUGGAAAAGCUGAGUCGAUCCUAGCAACGUUGAAUGGGGCUAGUAAAUUAGAAAUUGUUUCUUUGAAAAACAACCCAUCGAUCACAGCCAUUCCGAAUACGAUGGCCAAUUUAGUCACUUUACAUUCGUUGGAUGUUUCCUUGUGUGACAUAAAUUCCAUCUCUUCCGGCUCUCUUUCCUUCUCCGCCGAUGUCAAAUUGCUAGACCUCACGAAAAAUUCUCUAUCAGACAUCUCUGAUGACUCUUUCGAAAAAGGUUAUUAUGGCAACGCGAACGUUUCACUCGAUGGUAACCAAUUGACAAAAUUCAGUUCGACCGUUUUCCUGAAAAUCCUGGCGGAAAUGCAAACUUCCAAAACACCUGGCAGUGUCUCCAUUAGAAACAACCCCGUAAAAUGCGACGAUUGCCAAAUGGCCUGGCUCAUCCGCGACUAUCCAGAGCUGCUGCCAUUCGUCUCCGGACAAUGUUCCAACGCAACGGACUUUCAGGAUCUCAAUCCCAGUUGGUACGAUGAUCAACUCUGUGAAGCCUUGACUACCACCGAACAACCGACGACAACAUUUGAACCCACAACAACAUUUGAACCAACAACAUCGUCUGAUUCGACUACAACGUUUGAAACGACUCAAGAAACUGAAUCAACAACAGAAACUGUACAGUCAACAAUAUCUGAAUCGACCACCCAAACCACUGCAAAUAGCACAAUAUCUAUCGACACGACUGUCGUUCAAGUGUCCACUACGUCAUCAUCGUCAAUGCCAACCGAUUCACAGACAACUACAAACCCCACAAGCCUCAGUAGUGGAAUGACAACGUCUUCCACAGGAUCGUCAACAGCGACUAGUGAUGUUAACUCAACAACGACGACUGGGAAUCCCAAUAGUAGCAUAACUACGACAUCGACUUCAUCCAGUUCCGGUUCUAGCACCACCCAAGCGCCGGAUCCACCUGCCGAAAUUAAUUACGACAUUUUCUUUUACAUCCUUUACGGCAUUUUAGGUGGCAUCGCCUUAAUUUUGAUUAUUGGAUUCAUCUUUCUGGAUUACCAGAGAAGGAGAGCAUUAAGGGCAAGGACAAGUUUCAAUAAUUCUUCUUCGCGUGACUCAUCCUUACCUCGACGGAUGGAUCCUGAAAACUACAAUCCUCGAUCCCUGGAGCAAAGAAAUUACGUCCGAAUGCCGGAACCUCGUCCGCCAACAUCUACCGACAAUUAUUUGAGAAACUACCAGCAGAGUGCAGGACAAUCCUACAGAGGUCCUGCUGUGAUUACCACGCCCUAUCAACAGCGUCAACCCGCUAGAAAUCCUCCAUCUCCGGAUCCGCCAACUGGCGGAUUAACUGGUCGCGUACAAGGAUUUAAAAAAGUUGAAUUUUCAAUGCCAUAAGGGUUAAAUACGAGGAUCAAAAUGAGCUGAAUUGUUACCUGUCAUAAGGUAGAAAAAAAACGUGUUCUAUCUCGCCAUGUGUAUAAUCGCCAUGUAAUAAAAUUUAUGCUAUCAA